AUGACUACUAGUCCACCUAACUCGGCUAGUCGUCUUCAGACUUUGCAAUGGAUAUCGGAAGAAUACCACAGUCUCAAUGGAGCACACUGUGACAUCCUUACAUCCCCACCAACACCUCUCGAAUUCUCCCGUCUAGUCCACAUCUCACGUCCCGUUCUGAUCCAGGGCUGCUCCCUCACCGACCCAUCCAACUGGUCGAACUCCUCUCUUAUCACCCUGAUGGGUGCUCGCCCCAUCUCUGUGGCCGUGACUCCGGACGGGUUCGCGGAUGCGGUGACGAAGGAUGAUCAUGGGAAGAGUUGGUUCGUCGAGCCUUGUGUGGAGAAGAUGUCGAUGGCUGAAUUCCUGGGAAAGCUGGAGGACCCCAACAGCAAAGAGAUACACUACCUCCAAAGCCAAAACGGCAACCUCUACUCGAGCGCUUACUUCGAAGAGUAUCCCUCGAACUCAGCCUCGGAAUUCGACCCUCUGCGACCGCUCGUUCCUCCCGACAUUGAAUGGUGUAGCGAAGCUUUGGAUAGAAGGCCGGAUGCGGUGAAUCUGUGGAUCGGGACUGGGUCGAGCGUGACUAGUAUACAUAGCGAUCCGUACGAGAACGUGUAUCACGUCGUCCGCGGGAGCAAGACAUUCACCCUCCUCCCGCCCACCGAGGGCUGGUGUCUCCGCGAGCGUCUAUACCCACACGCGACCUACGCCCGCGCCUCUCCCUCUCCUCUCACCUCAGCCUCAGCCUCAGCACUCAAACUCACGCCCUCGCCACCGGGGACGUGUCCGCCCGUCCGCUGGUCCUCUAUCACACACCCUCACCUCCCUCCGUUUCCUUCAUCCAACACCCCCAUAUCCUCGACUAACAACACUAACACCGCCAACGGCAAUACCAAAACCGAAACAGAAAGAGAAAGAGAAUCCGAAAUCCGCACCCUCCCACCAACAGCUCACCCCCUCAGCAUAACAGUCCACGCCGGCGAAACGCUCUAUCUCCCCGCAGGGUGGUGGCACCACGUCCGACAGUCCGUUCACAACGACGAUGACGAUGAUUUUCUCGUUGCUAAUGAGAGUGAGAGAAAGGGUGAGAGCGAGAGCGAGAUCACGGUGGCGCUUAAUUGGUGGUUUGAUAUUGAAGGGAGAGGCGCGAGUUGGGUUUGGUUGGGGUUGUUGAGGGGUGGUGGGGAGGUUCCAUGGGCGGAUGAAAGCUCCGACGAGGACAAGCAUGGGGUGAAAUAGGAUUGAUAGGGACGAGGCGUAAGGUCUUGCGUAUUUAGGUCUAAUUUGGACGACAACACUCACUGCAAUGACUAUCGAACCAUGAUCAGUCAAAUCUCCCUGACCCACACCAGAACGCAGAACGCAGAACGUCUUCGUAAAUUGGCAUCGUAUUCAAUUGAUUAUUUCCACCGGGCUAUGUGCGAAUCGGAAUAUAAACUGAUUAUAAGUACACUAGGUACAGAACUUCUGAACUACGCAAAGCGAAAC